AUGGCUCCCAACAUGCGGACCUUCGCUGCCCGCAGCGUGUUCGCGCAGCUGCAGCGGGCUGGAACCCGCUCCUAUGCAACCACGCGGCCGUUGGCCAUCGCCAACCGCGCACAAUGGACCUCGCGGCCUGUCUCGCACCAGAUCGCCCUGCGCCAGACCAUCCGCCAGCAGUCGACCGAGGUGCCCAAGCCCGACGUCAAGACCAAGAAGAAGGGCUUCCGCUUCCUGCGCUGGACCUGGCGCGCAACCUACCUCUCCGCCAUCGCCGGCGUCGCAUGGGUGGGCUAUGGCAUCUGGGACAUGCGUCACCCCGAAGACCAGGCCCAGCCCGACCCGAGCAAGAAGACGCUCGUCGUGCUCGGCACUGGCUGGGGCUCCGUCUCCCUGCUGAAGAAGCUUGACACGGAGAACUACAACGUCGUCGUCGUGUCGCCGCGCAACUACUUCCUCUUCACACCGCUGCUCCCGUCAUGCACCGUCGGCACCAUCGAGCACCGCUCCAUCAUGGAGCCCAUCCGCAACUUCCUGCGUCACAAGAAGGCCGCCGUCAAGUACUACGAGGCCGAGGCCACCAAGAUCGACUACGAGAAGCGCAUCGUCUACAUCAACGAUGACUCGGAGAUCAAGGGCGACGUCUCUGCAACCGAGGUGCCCUUUGACAUGCUGGUCAUUGGUGUCGGUGCCGAGAACGCUACUUUCGGCAUUCCCGGUGUCACUGAGCACGGCCUCUUCCUUAAGGAGGUCGGCGACGCCCAGCGUAUCCGCAACCGCAUUAUGGAUUGCUGCGAAACCGCCACCUUCAAGGACCAGAGCCCCGAGGAGAUCAAGCGUCUCCUGCACAUGGUGGUGGUGGGCGGUGGACCGACUGGUGUGGAGUUCGCUGGUGAGCUCCAGGACUUCUUCAACUCUGAUCUGAAGAAGUGGCUGCCAGAGAUCAAGGAUACCUUCAAGGUCACUCUCGUGGAGGCCCUGCCCAACGUCUUGCCCAUGUUCUCCAAGCAGCUCAUCGACUACACCGAGAAGACCUUCAAGGAGGAGACCAUCACCAUCCGCACCAAGACCAUGGUCAAGAAGGUGACGGAUAAGUACAUCGAAGCCGAGUCCGCUGGACCCGAUGGCAAGAAGAUCGUGGAGCAGAUCCCCUACGGUCUGCUCGUGUGGGCCACCGGUAACGCCCUUCGCCCGAUUGUAAAGGACUUCAUCAGCCAGAUCCCCGCCCAGAAGGACUCUCGCCGUGGCCUUGCUGUCAACGAAUACCUCGUUGUCAAGGGAUGCGAGAACGUGUGGGCUGUCGGUGACUGCGCUGUCGCCAACUAUGCUCCUACCGCUCAGGUCGCUUCCCAGGAAGGUGCUUGGCUCGCCCGCAUGUUCAACCAGAUGGCCAAGACCCACGAGAUCGAGGCCGAACUCGCUGAGCUCUCCGUAAAGCAGGAGAAGGCCCCUGGCAAGGAAGUCCGCGAUGCUGUUUUCGCCGACAUCAAGGAUCUCCAGAAGCGUCUCCGGAGAGUCAAGCAGAUCGGUCCUUUUGAGUACACCCACCAGGGUUCCCUCGCCUACAUUGGUUCCGAGAAGGCUGUUGCCGACAUCGCAUGGUGGUCUGGCAACAUUGCCAGCGGUGGUACUUUGACCUACCUCUUCUGGCGCAGUGCCUACAUCAGCAUGUGCUUCAGCACCCGCAACCGCAUUCUCGUGUGCGUUGACUGGGUCAAGUCCAAGGUCUUUGGCCGCGACGUCUCGCGCGUCUAA